CUGGUUACUUGUUUUCCUGUAGCAGAACAUAUCUGAUUUCCUCUGCUCUUCCUUGAUUUCACGACACUGUUAACUUAGACGUUAGCAGCUUUUCCAGCCGCUAGCCUUUAGUCUAACGUUUUGUAAACGACUUAAAGAUGAGCAACAAGCCUCCGUCUUAGCUGGAUAGAGCCGCAACAUCCGCCUUUAUCGACAAGAAACAGAAACUAAAACCCCGUUAGGUCUGCUUGUUAGCAUUAGCUUAGCUUCUGUUUUUAUUUUCCCAACGUUUACAUCAACUGUAGGCUGUGGCUCUGUGACGUUAGCUACACCGACAUGUCGAAGUACACCAGCUUCCCAGAACCGGCGGAAGACCAGAACCCUUUCCAGGAUCCGACUGUGACUCAGCAUAGUAGCAACACAGAAUAUGCUACACUGGACCUUUACAAUCCGUUUGAUAAACCAGCUGGGCCUCCACCGCCAUAUGAAGCCUCAUCUCCGUCUGCACCUGCAGCAGCAGAGACGCCAUCAAGCGCAACAACACCCACUGAGCCUCGCAACUACGGCUCCUAUAACUCCCAGCCUGCAGUGAACGCCACCACAGCAGAGCUCCUGAGGAAGCAGGAGGAACUCGAGAGGAAAGCCCAGGAGUUGGAGAGGAGGGAGCGAGAGCUGCAGUCGCACAGCCUCGGACCUGGAGCCACUCGUCAGAAUAAUUGGCCCCCACUGCCUUCUUUCUGUCCUGUUGGGCCCUGCUUCUACCAAGACAUCAAUUUGGAGAUCAGCCAGCGCUUCCAGCGUACUGUCACCAUCAUGUACUACUUCUGGAUGUUCUCUGCGUUCACCUUUCUCUUCAACCUGAUCUCUUCCCUGGCUAUGUUCUGUGUGGACACCGGUACCGGUUCUGGUUUUGGCCUCUCCAUUCUCUGGGCCCUCCUCUUCACUCCCUGCUCCUUCUUGUGUUGGUAUCGACCUGUGUAUAAAGCCUUCAGGAGUGACAGCUCCUUCAACUUCUUUAUCUUCUUCUUUAUCUUCUUUGCUCAAGACUGCGUUUUUGUCAUCAUGACGAUUGGAAUCCCUGGAUCAGGAUUCAGCGGAUGGAUUGUGAGCUUAGCUGUUCUGGCUAAAAGCCCUGCCGUUGGUGCGAUCAUGAUUAUGAACGCCAUCCUCUUCACUGCCCAGACCGCCAUGGGGGUUUUCCUGUUGAAGAAGAUCCACAGUAUGUACAGGCAAACCGAUGCCAGCUUCCAGAAGGCUCAGGCAGAGUUCGCCACCGAAGUCAUGUCCAAUCAGGCCGUACGCCAAGCAGCUGCCAAUGCUGCCCAGGGGGCCUUCACUGCACCUCGAUAGGAGAACAGAAAGUAAAACUUCAGAAGUCAUGCAUGGGUUUUCUGAUUUUGAAAGUGUACAGGAUGAGCUGCAUCCAUUGCCAAACUAAAGUAACCAAGUAACCAAAAAGUAAAGGUUCAAAUGGUGUAAAGAAUAAAAACAAUGCUUUCAAAGUGUCAGUAGAUACAGAAAGCCAUGCUGUCACCCCAGACUGUUUACCCAGCUUGUUUAAAUAACUAAAUUAAUGUUUGUAGAAAAAAAUGCUGCAACUUUUACAUUUAUAUCCACAAACAGCUCAUCCUAAGACAGUUUUUUGUUUUGCUUGAGUGUUAAAUAACAAACAUUUUUGCUGUUACAAAUAAGAAUACAAAUUAUCUGUAUUGCCAAAUCUUAUACUGUAAGGACUAUACUUGUAAUAUACUUACACCAUACUAUGGUGGUGUUUUCUUUUCCAGUAUCUGUGACUGUUUUGUUGAAGCUUAAUGUGAUUAAAUUAUAGCAAACAA